UGUUGUCGCUGAUCGACAAUCGGAGGUAGAGUCCUCUAAUCUUUGUAAGAACCGGAUCAACCAUGUCUGUUAUCCGCUGAUGAUCCGUCGACCAUUUCACUAGACUCCAUCCUGGCUGGAGCUACUGAACGAAACACCGACAUCUUGGCCGUUUCGGCUCCAAACUGCCCCCUAAAAACAUCCAUCUUCCCCUCCGGAGAGGGUCAUCUUUGAGGGUUUAACUCAGCGACAUCAUCGGUAAUGGCAGAGCAUCUGUCCCAGAGUGAGCUGGACUACCCAUUCAAACUUCUGGAGUAUUUCAAUGGCUUCAGGGUCUCAAAGGUGAUCUUUUCAGCCUGUGAGCUCGGAGUGUUUGACCUCCUGCUGAAGUCCACGGAGCCACUGAGCGCCGAGCAUGUGGCCCACGAGCUGGACACCAGUGUGGACGGGAUGGAGAGGCUCCUGGAUGCACUGGUGGGCAUCGAGAUCCUGGAGGUGGAGAACAAGGACGGGACAGCUCUCUACAGCAGCAGUGACGUGGCAAACUUGUACCUAGCCAAAGGAAGCGCCAAGUCUCUUCAUGACAUGAUCAUCUACCAAUCACAGACCAUCUACCCGCUGUGGAACAACAUGGUGGACGCUGUCAGAGAGGGGAAGAAUCAGAAUGAAAAGACCUUUGGGCUCCCAUCAGAGGAGGUUUUCCAGGCUAUCUACAGAUCAGAGGAGGAGAUGCUGAAGUUCAUGGGUCUGAUGAACUCCUCCUGGGUUCUGGAUGGACACGACAUAGUGACGGCAUUUAACCUCUCCUGCUUUCAGAGCAUCAUUGAUCUAGGAGGUUGCACUGGUGCUCUUGCCCGUGAGAUGGCGAAGGCGUAUCCGUCCUCCUCAGUCGCAGUGUUUGACCUCCCGCAGGUGGUAGAGACGGCUCAGAAACAUUUCUCACAGGAAAACGACACUGUUGUGUUUCAAAGUGGAGAUUUCUUCAGUGGUGAAAUCCCUCCAGCAGACCUUUAUGUGCUUGCCAGAAUCAUCCACGACUGGCCUGAAGAGAAGUGUCUGACCCUCCUAAAGAAGAUCUUUGACACCUGCAAACCAGGCGGCGGCGUCCUGCUGGUAGAAGCCAUGUUGUUUGAGAACAGAAGAGGACCUGUCAUGGCUCAGAUCUUCUCCCUGAACAUGUUGGUGCAGGCAGAAGGUCGGGAGCGUCCGCCCUCCGAGUACACGCACAUGCUCACAAAGACCGGCUUCAGCAACGUCCAGGUGUGUCGGACCGGAAAGUCCUAUGACGCCAUCCUGGCCACCAGAUGAACUCAAACUGAAACAAGGACGGAUGAGGGAAAAACCUGGAAAAGAAAGGGGAGUUGGAGUUUGAAAAAAAAAAAAAACAUAAGCUUUGAGGCGGAGGCCUAAAAACUGUUGGCGGUGUCCGUUUAUGUUUUGGUCGGCCCCCAUAACAUUUCUGGAUACUAUGACAAAAUUGUACAGAUUUUCAAGUCUCAAACUAAAAACAAGCUGCUGCUAAAAGUCAUCUUUCUUUUAAGAAUCCUUGCUGUUAGAACAAAAUACUGUGAACACAUUUCUUCAUAUAAGCGAGGAAAUCGCUACUCCAGACAAAGUUGAAACUUUCCCUUUAAUUUAAAUUCAAUUGAAAAGAGUAGUUUGUUUUUAAGAAACUAAAUGCUGAUGUAGUUUCUUGCUGGGAAUAAAAAAACAGACUGGAAUCACUCUUAUGUAUACAAGUUUGAUGCAAAAAUAGCAAGCAGCAAUUUAGCUUAGCCUAGCAUAGAGAUAAAAAUAUGGCACAGCGUGGCUACUCAGCUUAAAAGCAGGAGUUACACAAAACUCAAGGGUUAAAAAAAUACAAAUUAUUGAUUAUAUAGUGAGUCCUGUGUAUCUUUUUCAAGUGAUUUAGUAAUGUAUGAAUUUAAAAGAGCUCUCAAGGGAAGGACCAAAUGUAGUUUCACCAUCCAUACACAGUGUUUUAAAGUUUAAAAUUAGGGCGGUCAAUCGAUUUAAUUCUUUAAUUGCGAUUAAUCCCCUGAUUUUUGUAGUAAGUCACGGACAAUCACAUUCUUUUUCAAAAUGCAUUUCAAAAUGCCACUAUUUUGCAUUCAAACUGGUUUUUAUGUUUGUUUAGAUUUUUCUACUGUUUAAAACUGAGGGUAAUUUUGGACUUCCUGUUUGGAUACAGAUAUGCUUUUCUAGGAAGAUUUAAUUAUUUUUACGUCAACUUAACCAUGGAAAAAGGAACUUGUUAUGGACUGAAAGGGAAAUAAGUGAACAGGAAAAAGCUAAGUGUUUGUAAGAUGACUUUAACUUGUCCACUGAAAUAUAUUUUAAUUUUUCAAAGUAAAAGGAGACAGUAAAGGUCACAUAUUAUGCAAAAUACACUUUUUCAUGCUUUUCUAAAAAACAUAUGUGCCCCAGGCCUGUUCACAAUACCCCCAAGAACCAGAACCCCCUCACAUACAAUUUCACAAAAUUUGUCCGGAAACAAGCUGUUCUCAAAUUUUCCCCUCAUGAUGUCACCUGGGGAGUUAGCCCUGCCCCCAGGUUCGGUUGGCCCUCCCUGCUUGGAGUAAAGCUCCACUCCCCUCUCCUGAUCCUGCUUUCAGCUGCCAGCUGAGAGCAGGAUCAGGAAAGCCACAUCCAUUUCCUGAGAGGGGCGGAGUCAGAUAGCUCAUUUAUAUUUAAAGCCA